CUGAGAUAUGAAAGAUGGCGACCCUGGCAACAGACGCAGUGUUUCAGGAAAAAACAAUCUGUUAAACAUGCUAUGAAAUGAGUUCAAGAAUAGAAAUGCCCCAAAUUGGGGAGCAAUCCUCCCCCUCCCUCCCUGUCCUGAGGGAGGGGCAGAACAGCCUGGUGUCCCCUAGCAGAAGUCCCCACUCCCUCACUCCCAGGCAGCAGGCAUCAACAUGGGCUGCUGAUGUCAGAAAAAGAGUAAGCCAGUGUAUAGAGGCAGGAGAGGAGCCCAGACAGGGGGAUGUUAGUGAACUGAAGCAGGAACUAGUGGGGGUCUUCAUCACAGCCCUCCAACAAAACAGCCGCCCAGGUUGGGUGUUCCUUCAUGAAGUUCUCAGCUUGGUGGAGCCAUACAAGGCUUUCCUUAAUCAAGUAGACAUAAAGCUUGAGAUGUCCCACUAUUUAGAGAGGAUCCUCCACACUGUAAACCUCCACAAAGAGAAGUUGUUUGACCUGCAGUUAGUGGAGUCACUGGCAAAAGUUUUUCCUGGUGACGUACAGAGAUUACGUCAGUCUGGAGCGUUUCCUGCUCGUAACUUUUGUGUGACCCCGGCUGGACACUCCAUCAAAGCUGUCAGCAUAUGUCCCCCUUCUCCCAAAAAGUCAAUCCAGUCCCCCAGGAAAAAUACUCUCCCAGACGGAACAAAUCCAUAUAAAACACAUGUUCCGCAUGAUGAUAGACAGAUGUCCCUAUAUAAACCCUUGACCUUGGGUGACCUUCAGAAAUCCAUUGCGAAUGUGGCCUCUGAGUUAGCAGCUAGUGAAUCCAUUUGGACUCAGAAAUCAGACGGAGGUAGAGUAGCACUAGCCUUACAAACAGAUCUCCCUCAAGAGAUUAAACCCAAACCCCCACCCUCCCAGCAGGCCACACCUAGAUCAUCUAUAAGUUCACUGCCACCAAAGACGGAGAGAAAGACCCCAAGGAUACAGGAGGAGCCAGUAUUAAAGCUGACCGGGAGGGAGGCUGUGGAAUACUUCGCUAAAUGUCACCACAUCGGUAAAAUCCAAUCCAUCUACUUCAACCAUGCUGAGAGUCGACACUUCAGGCCAUAUGAUCUUAUAUCUGUGCAUAAAAAUAAGGCUAACUCAGAACACUACAUUUUUUCUACGUUUGGAGUUCUCCACGUAUUUCCUGAUCGUCCCGCGGAGAGCCAGAGCUUGGCAGAGUGGCAGAGGGAGGCCGUAUUGUGGAAUGCUGUGUCAUCCAUUCCAUUCUUCAAAAACUUCCUUGUUCGAAAAUUGUUUUACAGGUGGCGCUACAACAAACUACACCUGGACUUCUCCAGACGACACGAGGAACUGACGGCUAACCUACUGCAGGCGGUACCUAUAUUUGGGGCGGCUCUCUUACAGGUCUCCAGGCUCCUGAAAGAGCUAAUCACAGUGAAAUUUCUGCCUUUUGAAACCGACAAAACAUACCAGUUGUUGGAUUUUGAAAAUAGUGCCAACUACAAAAAUAUUCAAGCAGAGAAAAUUCUUGAUAGAUUCUUUGGGUUCUGUAAGAUGGUGGUGGAAGUUACAGCAGAGGAAUCGUUUAAAAAACUCCGACAUUGUGAAGAACAAGUCAAAAAGAAAACAGUAUUUUCAAAAGACUCUUUGCACCUCCAAAAGCUAAAGAAGGAGACAAGAGAAUACAAUCUUAGGAAGGCCAAGAGUGAAACAGGUCGCCUUGGUAACUUUGUGAAGCUGGUAGAUCAGCUGAUAGUGGAGCACAUGUUUCAUGUCUGUAAAACACAGGUCAUGACCUUCGUGGAGAAGGUGCUAAGCAACCAAGAGGAAUCAAGAGAGGGGCUAUUCAAAGCUAACUUGGUCUUCUCCAAACAAGAAGUACUGGGUAUUUACCCAUCUAAGGAGAGGUUUUCCAAUGUUUUGAUGAGUACUUUGAAAGGAAUUCCAUCAGUGCUGUGUUCUAAGGCCAUUCCAAUGGAUGGCUCUGUGAUUGAUCCUGACAGUGAGGAUACAGAAACUUCACCCCACAAAUCAGAGGGGGCCAAAUCUACAGCAGAACUCAGUUGUAAUAUUCCUAGAGGUGGUAAAAGCACAGCUGCCACAACCCUCAGCUCUGUUAAACAAGAACAGCUGACCCCUCAGACCCUGGGGGAGGGGGACAAGCCCUCAAGUUCAGGAGAGACAACGGAUGGAGACCCGGGAGAGGAGGAGUCCCAGGUCGGGGGCGUGUCUCGGUCAGUAGCGGGGGAGGAAAUGAUCCCCAUCCCAGACAUAUACAGGCAUGCAACUGCCACAAAGGAUGAAGAUGAGCUAGGGGUCGCGACCCCUGACCUGGUAGUCCAGGGAGGGGAUCGGUUAGUGGUGUAUGGAGAGGGCUUCAUGGGACAAUACAGUCCAUUGUCCAGGGCUAACUUAGAGGAAAAACUGGAAAUGGACACUGAAUAUAAGAAUGCCUUGAAGCGGGAGGAAGAGAUCCUGAAUUGUGCCCUGGAUGAGAUAGAUAAUUACUGUGACAUGAAUAACUGGCUGGUGGACAUUUAUAAAUUCUGCCUGAACUGGACAAGUGAUUCUCCCAAAGAAUACAGAGGGGCCCCAGCAUUUACAAUUGAGCAAAGAUUAAUUGAGGUGCGACAAUGGCAGGAAAAAGUCCGUAAUUUUGACAAAAGCUUCACAACUGACAACGGGAUUUUCUUUGUGGACUGUUCUAAUAUACAUGACUAUCUUAUCCCACGCCUGUCACAAAUCAUCCAUGAUGUUCUCAAGUUUGUCUCUGAUGAGGCACGAAAGUUAGCUACAGAAUUCUGUGAUGAGAUGAAAGAGGUUCUGGAGAAUUUGAGGAAGAAAGAUUCCAGUAUGGCAGGCUUUGCUGUUUUUGCCAAAAAUUAUACGACCUACAAAAAGAAUGGGCCUCAGUAUCAACAGAGAGUUUCCUACAUCAAGUCUUUAUAUGAGACGUCGGAGGAGGAGAAAUUUGACGAGGACGUCCAGGCGGCCUGGGAGGCUUACCUUCUACAGCUUCAGGACGCCUCAGAGUUUGUCAACACACAGACGCCACUGAUGACUCAGAAACUGGAGGACAAGUACCAGCGUAUGGCAAAAGCCAAAACCUUCAAGCAGAAACUAGAAGCACUUAAAAACCCCAGUCUCUAUAUGAAACUAGAGAAGGAGGCCCUGGAACUAGCAGAGAUGGCCACCACUAAACAGUUCCUAGAUCCCACACAGAAUCCAACUAAAAUUCUCAUUGAGAUGCGGAGGAUUCGGGACAGAUUUUACGAGGUGGAGCGCGGUCUACAGGACGCCAGUAAAUGGCGGGAAGCUAUCUGUGGGGAGCCCUACGAUCUGGAGUUUCUGAGUGAGAUCAGCACUAAGAUGGACGUCAGACAGGAACUGUGGAAAUACGUAGAGGUCUCCAUGCAUGCCAUCAAAGACUGUAAAAUCAUGCUCUUUAAGAAGAUGAACAUUCGUAAGGUGUUGGAGAAGGUGAUUGAGUGGCAGGCGGCGGCCGGUCAGUUAAAGCCGUACCUCCCCCCGGGGGACCAGGUCCUGAGCUACUGGUUCACCUGUCUGGGAGAGUUCAAAAAAGAUCUCCCAAUCCUCCACAAACUGGCCAAUGAUGCCCUAAAGGAACGGCACUGGAAGGCAAUAUUUGUUGGAAUGAAUGAACCCUAUGACCCUAAUCGUCAGUUUACAGUAUCUGACCUUUUGGCCUAUGACCUUGAGCAGCACAGCGAGCUGAUCCAUCAGGUGUAUCUCGGAGCCAUCGCUGAGUACGAUCUCGAGCUCCGAAUUAAUCAGAUCAGCAAGUUCUGGGAGGAACAAGAGUUUAAACUGGCCAAGCACAUACCGGACAGUGUCAUCACCAGCAAAGAACAAGUGGAGAAGCAUAUGCUUCAGGAAGCAGAGAAUGAACCACCAAAGAGGUCGAACAGUCCUCGCCGUCGAACCAAACUAGAAAAAUACCGUCAGGAACGAGCGGCAGCUCAGACCGGGCCUUCCCAAGGACUUGACGUCACGCAGGACGAUUUCUUCAUCCUUAUAGAAGUAGAUGAACUCAAAUAUCAGCUGGAGGAUUCUCGUAUCAAUAUCUGUUCUAUGCUGCAAUCACCAUAUCUGGGAGAUAUGAGACAGGAAGUGGAAUUCUGGGAUAGUGCUCUCCAGCAGGUGGAGGAAAUAACAGAGCUAUGGUUUCAAUGUCAGAAAAAGUGGCUGUACCUUCUCAAAAUAUUUGAGCGACCAGAAAUGUACAAGAAAUUUAAUGGACCAGCCUUUAAAUUUGAAAAUGUGCAUACAAAAUUUAAAGACUGGAUGAGGGUUGUAUCCAAUAAUUCCAAAGUUAUAACUGUUGUGGGCAGAAAGAGGGGAGAGAAGGGAUUCCGUCUACUCCAGGGGGAUUACCUCAUCAACAUGUUCCUAGAGCUCAAUCAGAAACAGGAAGAGAUCCUGAAGUUCCUGAGAACACUGUUGGAGAACUGCCGGAUGGAAUUCCCACGUCUGUAUUUCCUCAGCGACGAGGACCUGGUUGUACUGUUGGGAAUUUCCCGCAAUCCCAAGGCUCUUCUACCGUUUGCUAAGAUGUGUUUCCCUGGAAUUGAAACGUUGAACUUUGCCCUCCCUGACGGUAUCUCCAGUAUGAACUCUGCCCUGGAUUUUGCUUUGAAUGCUGACAAGCUCCAGGUGACCAGCUUGAAGGGAAUUCUGGGAGAGGAAAUGGAACUUGUGGUGCGUGUUCAGGCCUUUCCUAAGGCAUCUAAAUGGCUGAAGGCCCUGGAGAACGUGAUGAAGAACACCACCGCCAUGAUAAUGCAGGCCUGUGUACAAACCCGCAUGGAGGAGGGUUCCCGCCAGCCAAUACACAUUCUGGAGGAGCUGUCCAAGCUAGACCAGGAUAUCCCCUCACACCAGGAUCUGACCAAAGAGAUCCAUCACACUUUCCGACACUGGCUGUUACGAUUCCCCGUCCAGUGUGUACUGGUAACAGAAGCCAUACUGUGGGAACGAAGUGUCAACAAAGCUCUAGAGAGAGGCACAUUAGAUGAUAUCAAGGCAAUCAGAACCAAUCUUGAGUCCAGACUGGAUCAAUAUACAGACAUCCUGAGGGAAACUUACAACUUCAAUGGGAAAGUCCCACCCAGUACCAAGCUCCGCCUACACACACUACUCUGUGGUCUGAUAAACCAGAGCUGUCACCAUAGAGAUGUUCUAGGAGCCAUUUUAGAGAGUUCGGUUGUAUCAGAUGGGGGCUUUGAAUGGCUCCGUGUCUUGCGUUACCACAUGGACAUACAGAAUGUUUUAAGGGCAAAGACAGAAGCUGUGGAGGUCAGAAGUCAAUCACAGGCAGUUCCCUCUGUCAGGUCAAGGACACAACAAAAAAGAUUGUCUUUGGCCACAAAGAUCCGUAUGGAACCCACAUUAGAAGAACCUCCCAGACUGACAAGAACAAAAACCACAGUGUCGACUGAUUACCAGUUUAGUGCCUGUUACCUCACACAGCUGGGGACCAGUUUUAGUUACGACUAUGAGUAUCAUGGCCCCUCUAAUCGCCUUGUCCUCACCCCUCUAACUGAGCGGGCAUUCCUCUCUCUCACUCAGGCUAUCAAAAACUUUCACUGUGGAACUUUAGUUGGACCAUCUGGGGUUGGAAAGUCAGAGACAAUCAAGGAACUGGCCAAGAUGUUUGGGAGGAACCUGUUUGUGGUGAACUGUAACGAGGACGUCGCGGUGGGGGUGAUGAUGCAGUACAUGAUGGGGAUGGUCCAGUCAGGGAGCUGGUCACUGUUUGAUGACACCGACCGACUGACCAAAGGUCUGAUGUCUGUGACAGCUCAGCAUCUAGAUUACCUUAAGACGGCCUUGAAGACACUAGAAGUGUCCAGUGAGAAUCAGUAUAAAAUCAGAGGUCAGCCUCGUUUUGACAAGAAGAUGGGCCUGGGAGAUAAGGUGAUUCGUCGUAACUCCCUGACCACCCUCCACCCAAUGCCCACCCAGGAGGCCCAGCCCGGGCUGGAGAGGCAGAAGACUGUCCCCCACGGCUUCAAUGAGAAGGGUUUGGUGACCUACUUUGAGGACACUUGGGUUUCUGAGAAAGACCGUCGUCGGCGUCAUUCCAUUGAAAAAGAAAUUGAGAUUAAGGAGUCGGAGUUCUACAAGAACAACAAGCCACCACCACUGUUUUAUGAACAUGUAAAACUUCGGGGUGGUAGAAAAUCGGCAACCCCAGAUUACAGCAAGCUCCUGAAUGACACGAUCUAUAUACACAGAAUCCUGGGUAAUAUUAUGUUUAAUGGCAAACUCAUACAGGCCAGUACCAAUUUUGGCUGCUUCAUGACCCUCAACACCGGGGCCAAUCCUGCCUCGCAGAUACCAGAGUCCUUCAAGUUGCUGAUGAGACAAUGUGCCAUGAUUGUACCUGACUUUAAAUUCAUCGUGGAAAUGUUUUUCUGUUUCCAAGGAUACAAGGAGGUCAAACUGUGGGCCAGAAAGCUGACCUUCCUGUUUGAGCAACUGAGAUUUCAGCUUCCAAGAAGAGAGACCUACCAGUUUGGACUGAAGGACAUUAAGUUAGUGAUGGAUGUAGCAGCCACUAAGCUGAGGGAUCAGAGAUUUGCGCUGGACAUUAUAGCUGAGAGUCAGAAGGGUGAAGGAAGAACACAGUCCCCCAAAUCCCCAAAGGAGGUACCUCAUUUGGACCCCCACACCUGGGAGGAGCACACACUGGUUUAUGGUCUGAGGGAAGUGAUCAGACAGAGUAUAGAGAGUGUGGAGGACUGCAGUGUGUUUGACAAUACCCUCAGAGAUGUGUUCCCCAGCACAGCAAGGAAAACCGUGGAACACGGAUACGAUGAACAACUAAUGGAGGCCAUACGCUGUCAGCUGAAGGAGGACAAACUGAAGGAUACAUCAGAGGUUGUUGAUAAGGUGAUGCAGCUGAAUUCAGCUCUGCAGCUAAAGAAGGCUGUGAUUCUGAUUGGUCCAGCAGGUUGUGGAAAGACCACCUGCAGCCAAACUUUGGCGAGAGCAACCAAUCGUCUGAACUUCCUAUUGUUUGCUCCUGAUCAUUCCAAGGAUGAGCUGACCACCAACAGAGAUCUUAUUUACUAUGCCAAAAAUAAACUAAAGGACAUGGAAAAUGAACCAGAAUUGGCGGGUGAUGUAUUCUUAGCAGCUAUUGACCCUUCUGCAAAAACGGAGAUGUCACAAGCAGGGAAGAAGAUGAAACGCAUCACAGCAAUGGUGGGAAAGGUGUCUGAGGCUCUGAAUGAGAUGCAGCAAACUCCCAAAACACAGGAAUACGCAGAACAUCCAAAGGUCAAUGUGGUGACCUUGAACCCCACGGCACUAUCACCACAAGAGUUUCUUGGUUCUUAUGUCAAUGGUAUGUGGAAGGGUGGUCUGUUUCCCAAGAUUCUCCAGGACUCUGGCUUCCUGUCGGAGGCCGUUCGUAAUUACAUCGCCGGACAGAAGGACCGUAAGGCCCGUGGUGGACAGGAACUCCCCUCCAUUUUACUAAGAUGGAUUGUUCUGGACGGGGUGAUGCACCCAGUCUGGACUGAGAGUCUUAAUACUCUGUUUGAUGAAGAAACGAAACUAUCACUGGCCAAUAGCCAACACAUCAGUCUCUGUGAUACCACUUCCUUGAUGUUUGAGACCAGCUACAUUGGUAACAUAUCCCCUGCCACCAUCUCCAGAUGCACCAUCCUGAACUUUGCACCAGACACUGUAUCCUGGAUGAACCUUUAUGAAUGCUGGGCAAAGGACGCAAAAACACGAUGGAUUAUCAACACUGCUGUUAUGAGGAUAUAUGAUGAGCUGGUGGCUGAUGUCUUCCCGCCCACCCUGAAGUUCCUCAAGUCCGAGUGCUGCCCCGCCCUACUGACAGAUGUGGGACACGACACCGCCGCCUCUAAUGAGGUGGCUCCGGGAAUACAGGAGGUGGGGACAUUCCUAAAAAUCCUGACCGUGCUUCUGGACCGCCUGUAUCUCAGGGAGGAGUUUGAGAGGCGACAGAGGACCAUGGACCUCGAGGAUACAGGGAUAGAUUCUCCGCGGAAGUCCCCCAGCAGUAGUCCAUCUCGACAGAGUGUCAGUCGUAUGACCAGCAGCUCACAGCUCGAGAUCGUCUUCCCUAACUAUACAGACAACAUGAAGGGAAUGUUUGCCUACGCCUAUGUCUGGAGCUUCGGAGCUCACCUACACGAGAGAUACAAAGAGAAAUUUAGUAAGUUUGCCAAUGACGUCCUGUACCGUGCCCGACAUCCAAUAAAAAUCCCCAUUGGAGCCUCUGUGUUUGAUUACAUUCUGGAUGAGAGUAGUGGGUCCUUCAUCAGGUGGUCAGAGAAAUCUCAGGAACGAUCCAAAAUUCUGGCAGGAGGAUUCACUAUUACACCAGAGGUGGAGAAGUAUACCCACAUGAUAGAGCUCAUGUUGGCGGCCCAUCAGCCAGUCUUACUCUCAGGAAUGCCAGGUGUAGGAAAAACUUCUCUGCUACAGACUAUGGUACUGCCCAAGCAAACCCACACUAAAGUGGUCAUGUCUAGAGCACUGAACAGUCAACUCUUCCUGAACUCCAUGCUGGGACAGAUCAUGGAGCUGAAACACCGAGCCACCAACACCCUCACUGGCCCAGGGCAGGUCCCCCCCACCACCAAAGGCAAACAGUCCCAUCUCUUCUUUAUUGACGAUCUCAACAUGGCUGCCAGUAACCCAGAAGGGGGUUACCAGCCCCCACUAGAGUUGCUGAGACAGAUCCUGGCACAGCGAGGGACGUAUGACAGGGGACGUCUAGAGUUCCAAACCAUGGAGGAAGCCAUGUUCCUGGCCUCCACCACACUCCCCAGUGUACCAGGAACAGGAUUAGGAACAGCCUGUCAUGUGAUGUCCUCACGUCUGACCCGCCUCUUUAUCAACUUCACUCUGUUUACCCCGACGACCGAGGUCCUUAUGUCCAUGUAUGGCCGCAAUAUCCAGCAUUGGUUGGAGGAAUUUCCAACGUAUUCAGUGGACCAUCACUUUGAACUGUCAAGGGCAAUGACACUUGGAUUGUUAGAAAUGUACAACAAAAUUAAAGAGAAACUCAAGCCUACUCCGACACAUGCCCACUAUGUGUUUAACCUCCAUGAUGUGGCAAGGGUCAUACAUGGAAUUCUGCUAAUGUCACCAAGGUCAAGGACACGGAAAAUGAUGAGGAGAAAGAAAGGGGGAAGUGAAUCAAGAGGAAGUAGAAGCAGUCUACAGAUGUCUCGCCAGGCAUCAUGGGAUUCCAAAUCACGGACUGUCAGUGUGUCAAGUAUGGGACCAACAGCAGAGAUUGGACAGUCUGCCCCAAUGAUGAAGGUCAUAGGUCAACUGUGGUGUCAUGAGGUCACAAGAACAUUUGCAGACCGCCUUAUUGCUGAGGAGGAUGUGUUGUGGUAUAGUCGUCUUCUAGAGGAGACAGUAACAAAAUAUUUCUGUAUGCCCAGAGACGACCCCAAAUCAGAAAUGGCUGCCAUCUCAGAGGAAACCUACUCACAAAGUGGUAGAAUGACCCCAACUACAUCCUCCCCCCGCCCUCCCACCCCUGAUGAAGAAUCGGAUGAGGAGGCAACAAAAGAGGAAACCAUCAAGGAACCUGAGAUGGACGUCACAGAUUCUGACCAGAAGUCAAUAAGUAACGAUACCCCAGUACAGAAAUCCGACAGCAACGAUACUCCAGCUCAGAAAUCAACCAGCACCGAGACUCCACAGGGCACCAAGUUCAGUAGUGAUACACCCCAGGGGAUAAAAUCCCAGCUCGGGGAAACACCCCUCCCAUACAGAGAGUCAGCUGAUACAGGAAAAGUGACCCUUGGGUCAGAGGUUACUCGUCAAACUGAGACUGAGGGACACUCGAGCGAGUAUGAGAGUGAGGUCACAGAAGAAUCAUCUGAGGAAAGUGAGGAGGAGACAACCACCACAGAGACUGAAUACGAAACUCCCAGAGACUUGCCAAGCGUUCAGUCUAAAACUGAUGCACAGAAUCAAGCCAGCGAGUUUUCCACAUUGACAGCUGCAAUCAAAGCGUCCGGUGGUAAAAGUAAAGACUCCAGUUCUAAGAGUGGCACUGACACCACCAGUGAAGUGGAGGCCUCGUCCCCGACACGAGCACCACAGGCACCGCACCAAGAACCACUGCGCUCUGAUAGUGAAGUCAGUGCCCUGGGUAAAUCCUCGUCUAACCCUAACCUGAAGAGCAGGGGAAGUCUGAAGAUGAAGACAGUCACAUUUAAGACAGGACUGCUGGCCGACUGGGAGCAUGAGGCUUACUUUGGUCCCCUUAUGAGUCUAGAUGAGAUUAAAGGUUCCAAUGACUCCUUGAUGGACAUUAUCUUUUCUAAAUUCUACAUGACGACGUACACAGAGACCCAGGGACUGCCAGUGGAAAAAGGCUAUGUGGAAGGGUCAGAGGAUAAUUUGAGUGAGGCUUUGUCCACCUGUCUGUCUGUGUAUAACGAGGGCACUUCCCAGAGAAUGGAUCUGGUCUUCUUCUCCGAUGCUGUCCGACACGCGGCCAGGCUAAGCAGAGUUCUAGCAAUUCAAGGAGGACAUGCUAUUCUUUUGGGAAUGAGUUACUCUACUGGGAGAGCUACACUAGCUCGCCUAGCAGCCUACAUAGCUCACUGUAAAAAGUAUCCAGGAUAUUGUUGUCGCAAAAAGUGCCGUGGGUUAUUUGAACCUAAGCCUCAGUCAGACUCCAGUAGAAAUCUACAGAUCCUGAGGGAGCACAUUAAGCGGGCGUGCUAUCACACUGGAAUUCUGGGUAAACCCACUGUGCUGUUGGUGCACGAAGACUUAGGAGAGGAAUGUUUACAGGAUGUUGCCUGUCUGAUGAAUGAAGGAACUAGUCCCGGGUUGUAUAGUGAUGAAGAGAUACAGAAUAUAGUGUCAGCCGUAAUGCCUGGUGGAGUCACCACUAAAAGAGUGGACAAAAUUGAAAUUGCUCUGGAACGCUUCCUGAAAAAGAUUCGCCAGAACCUACAUGUAGUCAUGUGUAUGAACUACAGAGGAAAUAGUUACUGCAGUGAUUCCCAGGUGUUCCAUCAGAGGAUAAUGAAGUACCCCGGGCUACUGAAGAACGCCUUUGCUAUAGACACUUAUAGACCCUGGAACUACCAGGCUUAUGUUAGGAUAGCCAAUGUGUGGCUCAGAGAUCAAAAGUCAGGGAUAACUAUACCCUGGCACCCUACACGUAUGCUGGACCAGAUCCUUCUGACCAGUCGAGCGAUGGCCUACAUCCACAUGUCUGCCAAAGUGGUGAUAGAGCGCCAGUACUGUAACCAGAAGGAGCCAUUACGAUUCUUCUCACCUCUCACGUUCAUGGAGUUUGUACACGUCUUCAGGGUCCUGUGUGCCUACAUUGUUAAGAGGGAAUAUGAGAAUAUCAGUAAACAUGAGCAGACUCUGGGGAAAGUGAAUGAAGCCUUUGGGAGUAUCUCUGAGUUUAAGAGAGAGGUGUCUGAACUGAUGCCAAAACACAAAGCAGCCAUGGCAGAAAUAAAGGAAUUAGUGGAGCAAGUAGAGGAGCAGAAACUACAAUAUAUACAGGCUUUAGACAGAUGUAAAUCCCAGGAACAGAAGAUAGAACAUCUACAGGGUCCACUAGAGGAGCUGAGGAGGGAGGCUCAGACCGAGUUUGACAAGCCUAUAACACAAAAGAAAUCCAUUGUAAAAAGACGACGGGGAGAGAUUGAAUAUUACACUCUCACCCAGUACAAGGUGAAUCCUAACUACCAUGCGGCCAUGACAGCCCUGGAGUACCUGAAUAAGGCUGACAUAGAGGAGGUUAAGUCAUACCGGCUACCCCCCAGUCUGGUGGAGUUUGUCAUGAACUCUCUCUGUCUGCUGUUUGAUGUACCUCAGGAUUGGGAAAAUGCUAAACUUCUGAUGAUCAAAGACAACUUCUUGGAGUCCAUGAUGUUCUAUGACAAAGACAACAUUCCAGAUGACAUCUACCUGAAACUCCGAAGAUUCAUUACAGAUGAAAACUUCCAAGUACACAAUGUUGCUGCAGUAAGUAAGGCUGCCGCAGGAAUCUGUAUGUGGGUUCACGCUGUGUAUCAGUAUGCUCACAUCCACCGCAACAUGCAACCCAGGCUCCGAAAUCUCCUAGAGCAUGAGGAUAAAUUCACCCUGGCUCAGGCAAAACUAGGUCAGCUGCGUGUGGAGGCAAAUCGCAUCAAGUCGGCACUGGAGAGCAAAAUCACUGUUCACAGAGCUGCUGUAAAGAGGGCCAAAACCAUAGAGAAACAUAUGCAGGGUAUUGAGAAGAAGAUUGCUCGCUCAGUGAAUUUGAUGGAACACAUGUCUAUGCAGCAUUAUCUGUGGAAGUCAGAGCUCCGUAAGGCUAAACACAAUGUUCUGACCGCCCCCGGGGACGCCCUGAUCACUGCUGCCUGUGUCCUGUAUCACGGACCCCUGUCUGACAGAAACAGGUCAGACCUUCAAAAUGAUUGGUUAGACAGAUGUCGCCAAGGAAACUUCAAUUACACUCCGCAAACAGGGCCCAAUGUUAAUCCUCACAGUACAAACUUAGGUGGACUUUAUGAAGGGUUAAAAGAGAAGGAAUCCAGUGCAGCGUCUAGUGUAAGAUCCUCUGAGAGUGCUAUAUCGGGGGUUCCCAGCAUGCCAGAGAUAAGAACAUUCACGUAUCUCCCCAGUAUUUAUGACACCAGUAAGUAUUACAAGUCGGAGCUGAAGAAGCAGGGCAGCAUGGAGUAUGAGACGAUCCCCGAGGCGGAUGAUUCUGAUGACGAAGACGAGGCCAGUCCACUGAUCACACGUAAUGGCUACCUGCUUCAGGAGAUACUCAGCGACUUUGAUGAAUUAUCUGGAUGGCGUCUGCACAAUCUCCCUACAGACCUUCACUCUGUACAGAAUGCACUACUGAUGAGAGUCAGUUGUCAUAAUCGUAAACACUGCUGUCCUCUCCUAAUAGACCCUGAUAACCAAGCGGAAAUCUGGGUCACGGCCCUACAGAGCAGUAGGAAUAUCUUCUCAGAACGUGAUGUCCGAGAUCAUGUCCCAGAGUUUGAGGACAUGCCGCUGGAUGUGUGUCAGUCCAAGGACACCGCCACCGAGCCCCCACCCAGCCGAGGCACCGCCCUGACCUACUCCUCAGAGUUUACACUGAAUGAUGAUUACAGGACGGACACCUCAGGAGUCCAAACAGCCACCUCUAUCUACACUGCAGCCACCAAAAGUGUCACUGGUCGACAUUCACAUAACACCUUCAAUAGUGAGGAACUUCGACCUUUAACCUCUGUGACUGCGAGCUGGGAAACUCUCAGUCAUCUCAAUGUACAACAGACCAUAGAACAUCCAGAAAACAACCUCUGGAUCAUUGAGGCGGAUGAUCCAGAUCUGGAUAGCCGGAUUAUUACUGCUGUGGUGCAUGGUGUGACCGUGCUGGUGACACACUUGGAGAGGAAAGCUUUAGACCCAGUGUACAGAGGUCUACUGCUGAAACAGUUCUACGUGGAUAAAGAUGGACAGAAGGUGGUCAAACUCGGCCACCGGGAGUUCCGAUAUCACCAGGACUUUGCUUUGUAUCUCAGUACAUCUGUACCACUGUUUCUAAAAGGUGAUGGUAUCCAUGCUGUCCCCCUACACCGGAUGUGCAUCAUCAACAUGAGUCUAAGUGAUGAAUCCAUCAUCAACCAUCUGUUGAUAGAGACGAUGAAGGUCGAGAGGAAGGAGUUUGAGGGACAGAAACGCUCCAACGAAAAUGACAUCAUCCUCCACAGACAGCGACUGGCCAAGGAACAUGACAUGAUUCGUGAGAAGACUCUGAAUUUGGAGGGUCCUCUGUUAGAGGACCAGACAAUGCUGAAGUCCCUCCUGGAGUGUCAGGCUGAGGUGGAGAAGAACCGCCAGAUCCUGGAGGAAACUCGAUUCAUGGGGGACCACCUAGAGGAGAAGUUUGCCAACUACAUGCCAAUGAUCAUGCAGUCAGCUGUGUUGUAUAACAUGAUCCGUCGGAUGUGCUCUCUCCAUCCGUACUACUACCUACCCUUCCACAAGUUUAUCCAGAUAUACACUGGGGUCAUCAAAGGCAGAGACAGGGGAAAGGGCAGUAGUGGUGCCCCCCAGGCCAGGGCCCAGGAAUUAAUGGACGCCACAUCCACUGCCAUCUUUAAGUAUGUCUCCAUGAUGAUGUUUGAGCAGCACUUCACCCUGCUACAGCUGCUGGUUUCCAUGGAGAGGAUGAGGAUGAAUCGUAAAGCCUCCACCAAAGAGCUCAGUCUCUUCAUCAACGGCUUCGACAAGCAGGGACUGGACGAGGCAACGGUGCUGGAAUCCAAACCUGCUGGAAUGUCCAAUCAGGCCUGGAUUGACUGUGUAGUGGUGGAACAGCUCCACCAUCCAUUUAAUGGUUUACGGCGGUCACUCAUCCAGAACUGGAGGCAGUGGGAGGAGUACUUCAGUCACCCCAUUGUUCUGAUGAACCCUGUCCCCGGGAAUUACCUCCAGGAACUCUCCAUCUUCCAGAAAUGUAUUCUGUGGAAGAUCUGUAGACCUGAUAGGGUGUAUGAGUUAGCCAGCAUGAUGACAUUGUAUGAAUUAGGGAAUGUACGAAUGGUGGCCGAUCACUAUAACAUACGAGAAGUCUACAACUUUACAGACAAAACAACACCGGUGGUGUUUAUCUCCCCUAACCCUGUAACUGAUACAGAGUCCAGUGAUGGUACAAAUGGUUACUCCUACAUUAGUCCAUCUCAUGAAGUCAAGAGACUAGCAAAGGAAGUGGGAAUGGAAGGAAGGGUAAAAGUCAUGAACUUUGGUGUCAAAGGUCAGAUAGGAGAGGUCACCCAGGCUAUUGAGGACUGUAUACAGAAUGGCUACUGGCUGCUGCUACAAAACUACCACCUGUCUGAGGAACCCAAUCCACAGUUCUAUACACUGCUUAAGGAUAUUGUGUAUAGUAAGUGGAUAGAACAUGAGAGACUGAGACAGCACACAGAAAUUGCUGAUGAAGGAGCCAAUCUGGUCACCCAUUCCAAGCCUCCAGAUGACCCGAUGUUAAACCUCCGCAUUCACAACACAUUCCGACUGUGGAUCACAACUCAGGCCGAUUCUACAAGACUUAUUCCAGGGGUGCUUGUCCAACAUGGGAUCAAAGUAACCUGUGAGAAGACUGGAAACUUUAAGUCUACCUUGCAGAAGUCGUAUCGCUCUGUGGCCUUCUUACUGAACAACUGUAAACUUCCCAAUGAUGAGAAUGUCAGUAAGGCUUCCCGCAUCAUGCCUCUGGCCUUGCUCCACUCUCUCCUUCUACAACAGAGCUUUUAUGGUAGGAAUGCCUUUGUAAAUGACAAUGACUGGACAUUAACUGAUUUAGCUCUGGCCGUGGAGGCCUUUAAGAAGGUGAUGACCAAGUGUCCGUGUGGUCUAGGUGUGUCCAAUCUAGUCUCCCAGAUCUACUCCAACCACUGCACAGAUUUGACCGAUGCUCGAAUUGUUGAAGCUCUGGCCAAGCUCUUAUCACAGUAU